CCCGGCAGGAGUGGGCGGGGCAGGGGGAACAUUAUAAUUGGACGAGUCUGGGAUCCCGGAGUCCUACUCAGCCCAAGCGGAGACCGAGGAGGAGGGUCCCCAGGAGCCGGUCGCAAGAUGAAGGUUCUGUGGGCUGCGCUGGUGGUCGCGCUCCUGGCAGGAUGCUGGGCCGAUGUGGAGCCGGAGUCGCCGCUCCAGGGGAAGCCGGAGCCCGAGCUGGAGCCCGAGCUGGAGCCCGAGCUGGAGCAGGAGGUGGAGGCCGAGGCCGGGUGGCAGGCUGGCCAGCCCUGGGAGCUGGCGCUGGCCCGCUUCUGGGAUUACCUGCGCUGGGUGCAGACGCUGUCUGACCAGGUGCAGGAGGACAUGCUCAGCAACCAGGUCACCCAGGAACUGACGACGCUGAUGGAGGAGACCAUGAAGGAGAUCAAGGCCUACAGGGCGGAGCUGGAGGAGCAGCUGGGCCCCAUGGCCUCGGAGACGCAGGCCCGCGUGGCCAAGGAGCUGCAGGCGGCGCAGGCCCGGCUGCGCUCGGACAUGGAGGACGUGCGCGCCCGCCUGACGCAGUACCGCAGCGAGGUGCAGGCCAUGCUGGGCCAGAGCACCGAGGAGCUGCGGGCGCGCUUCGCCUCGCACAUGCGCAAGCUGCGCAAGCGGGUGCUGCGGGACGCCGAGGACCUGCAGAAGCGCCUGGCCGUGUACCGGGCCGGGGUGCGCGAGGGCGCCGAGCGCAGCGUCAGCUCCAUCCGCGAGCGCCUCUGGCCGCUGCUGGAGCAGGCGCGCACGCGCCACGCCAACCUGGCCCCGCAGCCGCUGCGCGAGCGCGUCGACGCCCUGGGCCAGCAGCUGCGCGGGCAGCUGGAGGAGGUGGGCAGCCGCGCGCGCAGCCACCUGGACGAGGUGCGCGCGCAGAUGGAGGAGGUGCAGGCCAAGAUGGAGGAGCAGGCCAACCAGAUGCGCCAGCAGGCCGAGGCCUUCCAGGCCCGCCUCAAGAGCUGGUUCGAGCCCCUGGUGGAAGACAUGCAGCGCCAGUGGGCCGGGCUGGUGGAGAAGGUGCAGGCGGCCGUGGGCGCCAGCCCCACCACCGCACCCGUGGAGACCAAAUGAGUGCCCGGCGCGCGCCGCCUGGUGGGCCCCGCCCCUGCCCGUGCCCCCUGCCUCCCCCCACCCCAGCCUCCAGGAGGCGCUGUCCCGGCCCCAACCUGGAGGGCCCUAGCUUAAUAAAGAUUCACCAAGCUCCACAGCA